AUGGCUUCCACCCUUGCGACGUCCACCAGGGCUAGGAAGCACUUACUUCCAUCCGAAUACUCGCCAUCAGCUCCCAGUCCCAGUCCACCAAGAACGCCAGUCAAUGCAGUCCCUGACACGCAACAGUUCACUUCGCCUGGCUUUGCUACAGCCGUCCUGGACCCAGGCUCAGAUCCUGUCAUCGCCGCUAGGCAUCGCUCAAAGUCGGAGGCACAGUUGCUCCAAAGCGCUUACUAUCCGAGAGGGGAGAUCGAAGCGGGACCUCAGAAUACAGUCUCUGCUACCCACGAACAGCCAUACGCAUCAAUUGAGGACCACGGCCUGGCCGCUGCUCUCCACCGGCGUUCUUCCCGCCUUGGUCUAUCGCUUGUCAGCAAUCAGAGCCCUACCCGCUCUCACUUUGCGCGUAGCACUGAGCCAGUCCGAUCUCGUGCUCGCGAAGAAGGAGACCGUGUCGACGCAUCUGAUGUCGCAACGCGACUGAGAGCCACCACCUUUUCAGCUCACCCUUGGCAAAGUCCUUCCCAUUCUGGCUCUCCACCUAAGUCCCGCCACAGCACUCGUCCCAGCUCGUACGUAGCCUCACAUCAUGCCGAGUCAGAGCAUCUCGCUGCUGUCGAGUGCCAUCCGGAAUGGCUUCUCGAUGUCAAUUUACGAUCAGCAAUGUUGCAGUACACCAGCGAGAGGCAGGGCAUGUCAAACGGAAUCACUAGCCACGUGACACAACCAAACAGCUUCGAUGCCAUCGGACAGACUCACAGCUUCGCAGACUUUAAGCGUGCAGCGGACGAUCAGUGUAGCGACAGAUCAACAGAUAGCUUCGAGGUCUUUGAUGAUCCAGAGCAAAGUACCGCAGAGCGAGCAAGAGGCCUGCACGCUCGGACAGACUCUGGCGGAUUUGCAGGCAGUAGCGGUGCUGCGCAUGUGACCGUUUCUCACCGUCACGUCUCAAAGGUCAACAGCACUGAACACCUCCCUCCGGUCAUGAGGCAGGGUCUAUCGCGACGUUCUAAGACCACCGCGUUGACAAUGACCAAGACUACCGCUGCCACUGUCUUUGAUCAGCCCAACCGAGCGAAGUCAGCAGCUAAAAAAGACGAGGACAUCUUUGGGUCCCACUCUGUCGCACCUGCCAAUGUCAGCCGUCACUCGCCAAGCGAAGCCAUCCAGAGUAGCCGUUCUGGUGGAACUCCGAAUGGUGAACAACUCGAUCGCCUCCUCGACCACGUCGCUCAUUCUCGUCGACGAGCAGUCACUACUGUCCUUGCUACAGACGCCACUCCAGCAUCUCUCCGACUAGUGUCGAGCCCAGAGCUAUCUGCGACUCCUGAUUGCCAGGGUGUCUUUUCUCCCUUUCCUGACAGUUACACUGAAUUGCUGCAGGGUCAGUACUUCGACCACAUCGACCACAACGGUCAGCCAGGUUCUCGCAAUGGGCACGAAGCAAACGAUCAACAGAUCACGCUGGACGAAGCCGACCCGCGAGCAGUGGCCGCUGCUUUGCAGUACCACCGCACCUCCCCCAGUGGAGCGACUGGACGAGAUCUCAAGAAGAUCUCAUGUGAGCUUUGCGGAGCACUGGUCCUCCGCUGGGCCAUUCUUCUACCCUGCAAUCAUCGAGCUUGUUCGGCAUGCUGCUGCUCGGGCGUCAAUCAGGUUUCGACGACACCGCCUCGUCGACACGUAUGCGCUGCCUGCCAGGGGAUAGUCACAGGCUUGACUCUGUCACUACCGGCGGCCGAAGCCGCUCAAGCUGCAGCUUGGUCACGGGGCGGUGAUGCUGAUCCUUCCCCUAGACCGACGGCCUACACUGACCCGAAUUUGUAUCCUGCGCCCGAACUCAUGCAUGCGCACAUUGCGUCCAACAGAAGUGACCUGACAGGGCGCUUCCCUGGUGUCGCUGAAGCCUUACUCGGCAUCAAUCGUCCCAUACGAGGCAUUAAUAGUGAUGUAGUAGCAGCUGCUCUGGCUCGUCAGCCUGUUAUUCCGCUUCCCUCCGAAAAGCCUGAAUGUACUAGCACACCUCAGCACACAAGCUCAGACCGAACUUCCAACACUGCAGACUUGUCCAUUACCUUUAGCGAAGACGCUUCGUUCUACGGCCCACAGCGAUCACGACACCGUCCAAGAACUUACACUGGCGGCAGUCACGUAGACCGUAGCGCCAAGGACACCAAAUGUGAGGUAAAGCGACACGUUGCGAGCGAAGAUCAGCAGGAAGCCAGGAAUCAGCUGUCGUCUCCUAGCAAAGCAGCAAGCGCUCGGACUCCUGCGUCCGACAACCACAUUCGAGUGGAGCCUUUGCCGGAUGAAAGUCACCUGAUCGCAGUAGUUAGGGUUGACAACAUUCCGUGGAAGACCUCUUACCAGGACAUAGUGAAGUGGAUCCCCGAUCCGUACGAGCUGCUUCCUGACCCGGCAGACGUGGCACAGCCAGUGCACGUCCCCAUUGACGUCAAGACGGGCAAGACUGCCAAUUGUGCCUUUAUUGAGCUCAAAGACGAGGGUUCGGCCAAGAAGCUGAUCAGACGUCGAAACAACACCAAGCUCUGUGGGAGGCCCGUAUCGCUUCUGCUGUCCAACUACGAAGAAGUCAUCGGAGAGGUCUUUCCAUCGGUAGAGCACUUCCCCCCCGGCACACCCACUCGCCUUCUCACGUACUUCACCAAGUGGCAAUUGGAGCAACUGAUCCAACUGCUCAGAAGCGGUGGACCCCAGCUUAAGUCACCACUCAAGCCCAUCGAGUAUAUCAUCUCCCUCAUUCAGCUUGUACCAGAUGAUCUUUCUCCAGACCAGCGCGACCUGCUUGCUGAGAAAGCGCUCGGCGUCCUCAAGAAAGGAACGCAAUGGCUCAAUAGCCGUGUUGAUGGCUUGUUCUUCGCCCUACACCGCCUAAUUCAAGCAAGCGUCAACAAUAGAACCUUCACCAGGGUCCAAAAGGACCGCAUUGUGGAGCACGUACGACAAAUCCCUAACAUCCGCGUCAACACAGAGGCGGCUUCGGCUGCUAAGCCAGUGGUUGAGACGGCGGCGGCAAUCCACGAUAUCACCCAUCCAGCCAAGCAAGGCCAUGCUCCCGAAUCAGCUCACCACUACCGAGACCAAGGGACUGCCCAUGGACCUGUGCCUUACCACUCACACAACAGCACCGCAGGCUUCCCCUUUCCACCAUACUCGUCUUUCGCAACGACUGGAGACUAUGUAGCUCCCGGUAUGCCUUUUGGUCAUGUCAGGCAUGCCACGGUCGGCUCAGCUCCAGCAUUUACGCCAUCCACGAUGACCGGCAUAGGCGCCGGAGCAGUGCACUGUGAUAAAUGGCUCAUUUCUGACUCGUACAGUCAGAAGAGCGUCCACUCCUGCAGCGCAGACUGCGAUAAGUCUCAAGGUGUGAUUGGAGACGUCAGCAAGAGAUUCUGGCACGGGCUCGACAAUAAUGCCGGCGUUGGCGUCAGCGACGGCCAUUGA